AUGGACCCCUUCCUUGAGCUUGCUGCUCUACUGCCCGCAGGGCUAACGCCACCUCUAGUCGACGACGGUUUCUUCGACUACCCUCAAAACCAAACACAGUACAAGGAGCUGGCGGAGCGUAUCUGCCGUCAGGUAGAAGCCUCACACGAAUACAGCAAAAACGCUCGUCCGUACCCCUUAAAAAUCGUCGAGCGCUGGUGUCCGUCAAGCUUCGCAUGGAACAAUAUAUCUUUUGAGUCUCGCCUCUACCGGCAUCGUGCGCUGCCCGAGAUGAUGCAUUGCACAGCGUUCUACGAAGCCUUCGCCGACAUCAUGAUCAUUUUGACAAACCCCCUCUGGAUAGGAACGGCUGUGCGGGGGCAAGUUUGGCGAGCAACGAUGAGGCUGGAAGGGUCAUAUCCCCGAAGCGACGGUAGUGAUGAAGAUAUUUCUGGAGAGUGCCUUCCUUCCCCCUGA